ACAUUAAACCAAUUUACAGAGAGUACGAAGAUGACGAGGGUUUUAGUACGACGACUUCGAUGACUCUGUUUCAAACCCCGCGCUUCACCUCUCAUCGUUCCACUUCAAUCAACCCCCGUCGCCGUUUAUUCUUCCCAAAAUCUCUUCAAAAUCUUAUCUGUCUCCUCAUUCAACUUCUGUAAAGUACGAUUCUUUGUUUCCCAAACCUUGAGAUUUGGGUGACGAUGUUAAAGGUGAAGGCUUUGUGUCAUCGCUUAGUGAAAUCGAGAAAGGCUACGACUUGCGCUCUUCCGUCAGACCCAUCAUCGACCUCUGCUUCUUCUGACCACAGGUCCAGAUGUUUGUCGUUGAUAGUUAACCUUCGCCGACGAGGUCUCCUGGACUCUGCUCGGGAAGUCACUCGCCGCGUCAUCGACGGUUGCUCUUCUACAUCAGAGGCAGCUUUAUUUGCCGACUUUGCAGUCAACAACGGCAUAGAACUCGACUCUCUCUGCUGCGGCGCAUUGAUAAGGAAGCUCACGGAGAUGGGUCAGCCUGAAUCGGCUGAAACUUUCUACAACCAACGUGUACUCGGAAACGGUGUCGUUCCCGAUUCAUCUGUUUUGGAUUCGAUGGUUCUUUGUUUGGUUAAGUUAAGGAGAUUCGACGAGGCUAGAUCAUGUUUAGAUAGAGUUCUAGCUUCUGGUUAUGUUCCUAGUGACAACGCUUGUAGCUUAGUAGUCAACGAGCUUUGCAAUCAAGGUCACUAUCUCGAGGCGUAUCUUUACUUUGAGCAAGUCAAAGCGAGAGGCAGUUGUUUACGCCUUUGGUGUUGCAAGAGACUGUUUAAAGGGUUGUGCGGUUAUGGUCACUUGGAUGAAGCGGUUGGGAUGUUGGAUACUCUCUGUGAGAUGACGAGAAUGCCUCUUCCGGUUAAUCUUUAUAAGUCUCUCUUCUACGGGUUUUGUACAAGAGGAUGCGCUGCUGAAGCAGAGGCUUUGUUUGAUCACAUGGAAGCUGACGGAUACUUUGUGGAUAAGGUCAUGUACACUUGUUUGAUGAGAGAGUAUUGCAAGGACAAUGAUAUGACGAUGGCGAUGAGGCUCUACUCGCGGAUGGUUGAGAAAGGUUGCGAACUCGACACUUAUAUUUUCAACACUUUGAUCCAUGGGUUCGUGAAGCUUGGUGUGCUCGAUAAAGGGAGGGUUAUGUUUAGUCAGAUGAUGAAAAAAGGUGUGCGGUUGAAUGUUUUCACUUACCAUAUAAUGAUUGGUAGCUACUGCAAAGAAGGGAAUGUUGAUUAUGCUUUGAGGCUUUUCGAGAACAGCGCAGGAGGGGUAGAAGGUUUAUCACGCAACGUGCAUUGUUAUACGAAUCUUAUAUCCGCGUUUCACAAGAAGGGGGGAUUGGAUCAAGCUCUUGGCUUGUUGAUGAGGAUGUUAGACAACGGGGUUGUCCCUGACCAUAUCACUUACUUUGUGCUCUUGAAGAUGCUUCCCAAGUACCACGAGCUUAAGUACGCUAUGGUUAUCUUACAAGCCAUUGUGGAUAACGGAUGUGGGGUAAUAAGUCCAGCGGUUAUUGAUGAUGGCGUUGAGAACAUUGAGGUGAAAGUUGAGUCUUUGCUCGAGGAGGUUGCUGGAAAAAACGCGAAGCUAGCUGCCAAGGGACUUGCCGUUGUCACAACCGCUCUAUGCUCGCAAAGAAACUUCACCGCUGCUUUGUCUCGUAUCAAGAAGAUGGUGAAUCUAGGAUGCACGCCUUUACCCUUUUCAUACAACUCGGUGAUCAAAUGUCUGUUUGAAGAGGGGCUUAUAGAGGAUUUGGGGUCUUUGGUCAAUCUAAUUCAAGAAUGGGGAUUCGUUCCAGAUCCUGAUACGUACUUGAUAGUUGUGAAUGAGUUAUGCAAGAACAACGACAGAGACGCUGCCUUUGCUGUUGUGGAUGUGAUGGAGGAGAUUGGUUUGAGACCUACGGUUGCUAUUUACAGUUCAAUCAUCGGUUCUCUUGGUAGACAAGGAAGAGUUGUUGAGGCAGAAGAGACCUUUGCAAGGAUGCUCGAGUCCGGGAUUCAACCUGAUGAGAUUGCUUACAUGAUUAUGAUCAAUGCGUACGCGAGAAACGCAAGGAUCAACGAAGCAAAUGAGUUAGUUGAAGAAGUGGUCAAGCUUUUCGUCCGACCUAGCUCUUUUACUUACACGGUGUUGAUCAGUGGGUUUGUGAAGACUGGUAUGAUCGAGAAAGGAUGUGAGUAUCUUGAUAAGAUGGUUGAAGACGGGUUAUCUCCAAACGUUGUGUUGUACACUUCACUCAUUGGUCAUUUCUUGAAGAAGGGAGACUUCAAGUUUUCUUUCACAUUGUUUGGUUUAAUGGGAGAAAACGAGGUGAAACAUGAUCACGUUGCUUACAUCACACUGCUCAGUGGUUUAUGGAGAGCAAUGGCACGAAAGAGACGAGUGUUUGUUGAGCCUGGUCAAGAAGAGCUUCUUCGACGUCUUCUUCAGACAAAUCCUGUAGCAUCAAUCCCCUCUUCUCUAUGCAACUACAGAUCAAAAAGCUUUGCAAUGGAAGUGAUUGGGAAAGUGAAAACGUCACUAGUCCCUAACUUAUACCUCCACAACGCCAUCAUAACAGGAUACUGUACUGCAGGGAGCCUUGAUGAAGCUUAUAACCAUCUCCACUCAAUGCAAAAGGAAGGAGUUGUUCCGAAUCAGGUGACUUUUACUAUCCUGAUGAAAGCUCAUAUCAAAGCAGGCGACGUUGAGUCUGCUAUAGCUUUGUUUGAGGACUCUGAGUGCGAGCCGGAUCAAGUUAUGUACAGUACGCUGCUUAAGGGUCUCUGUAAAAGUGAAAGACCUCGUGAUGCUUUAGCUCUGAUGUUGGAAAUGCAGAAGGAUGGUGUGUAUCCAAACAGAGACUCUUAUGAAACGCUGCUUCAGUGUCUCUGUCACUCUGGAUUGACCAUGGAAGCGGUUAAAGUAGUUAAAGACAUGGCUGCUCUUGGUUUUUGGCCUCGUUCGAUUAGUCCCACAGUCACUCUUUGAGAUUCUUUCUCUAUAGCUUAUCAUGGUUUUGCUUAGACAACAUAGAGGAUUAGAGCUGUCUGCUUCCAAGAGUUUUGUCUCAAAGAAAUAGACUUUCUUUCUCUGGAUCGGAUUCCUCUGCGCGGGAGCUCUCUUCUCCGACAGAAUGUGGCCUGAGCCUGAAGCCAUUGUUGUAUCAAGGGAAGCUUCAGAUGAAUGGCUGCAGUUAGUGUCAGAGCCAGAGGACUGUGAUUCAUCAAAAGUAAGUUUUCUAAUUAGAAGGUUUUUGAAGCGUGGGUCAAAAGACAGCCUUGGAGAAGUUUACAAGAGUCCAGAUGCAGUUCAAACACUUGACAAAAUGAUUUCGACUUUGGAAAUGGAAUUAGCGACUGCAGGAGCCGCGCAAGAAUCGAAUCCAUCAUCAAUCGUUCACUCGUUUCUGAUGAUAUCAAAGCUCCCUGAAACUGUCACCAAAAGAAUCUGAUGGUUGUUAAGAUAAAUACUGCGUUUAGCAGCAGAAAGCGCAGGGAUUCAGUCCUGCCAUUUGAAUGCCUCUCAGUAUGUUUCUCCAAGCUCACCGUUUAAGCCUUAAGUACAUUGUAUGGGACUGGACAUGGUCUUCUUUUAGGUGAGGAGAGAAAGAAGCUCGAGGAAGAGAAAGGCAUCGUGAUGCGGUUUGUAAAAGGCCAUAGGUUGAUUCAUGCCUACAUAUUUUCUGAUUAAGUGUCUUCUGCGGCCAGUGCCACUCCAGGUGGAAUUCUUGAUAGAAUUAUUCAGGCGGAAGAAAGUAAACAUGGCGCCUUGACAAAUCCAAAAAAAAAAAAACUAAACUGCUUUCUGUGUAUAAGAUCAUACGUUGAUUGUUUAUUAACCAAGGAAAAUUUGUGGAUACAGAAACAUACACUUCACAAGUACGUGAAUGAAGAUGUCUCUUUAGGAUCAUGGUUUCUAGGAUGUAUUCCCUAGUAUGGAUCAGUUCCCAUGUUGAUCGAUGAGAAACUGCAGACUGUGAGUGGAAGGAGCAGGCAGGCAACAUCUGUGUUGCCUCGUUUGACUGGAGCUGCAGUGGGAUUUGUAUAUCAGCAGAUCGGAUGAAGAAUGUUCAUUGGAGGUGUGGAGAAGGCUUAAAUGCCCUCUUGGCUGCAUCUUUCUGAACAAGAUGGCAGAAGAAACAUAUUGAGGAAGAAGAGUACGGAGACAAUCCGCUUAACAUUUUGUAGUAUAGAUAGAUACAAAGACCUUUUGAGUCGGCUCAACACAGUCUAUAUAUGUUUGUAUGUAUGUAUUGUUUGAACUGAGCUGAGAAGUGCAUUUUGAACAAGGCUA